GUUAAAAGGCACUUUCAAUCUGAAUAUAAAUAAGAAUAACAAGGAAACUCUACAAAAAAUAACCCUUCCUAACUCUUUUGUCUUGCAAUUUUUGAUAUAAAUAGAUGUUUAAAUGCGUACUAUGAUAUUCUUUGAAGGGAAUUUGACGUUUUAAUGAGGUUCUAUCCAUAACGUUGAUAUGCUUGGCUUGCACCAACGAGUAGUACUUUCUGGAGUUUGGUGAUAGCUAAAUACAACUAAAUUUAGCUAGAGUUUUCAUUCCUUAUAAGCGGCGAUAUCAAUAUUCAUAUUUUAUCCUAUAUUAAGAUAUCCAACUAUUAGAACCCUGAAAAUGCCUAAUCUUACUGACUUGAAUGUAACUUAUUUUAACGCCAAAAAAGCACAUGAGUAUGACAAUCCUAGUACAUUGGCAGUGACAAAAAUUGUUGCCGGAAAGAUUUUGCAACUCCCCACUGGAUCGGCGAGUCGUGUUGUCGAAACGGAUAAAAAUUUAUAUGAGCAAUAUAGUGAAGAUUCAGUUGAUCUUAAUGAGGCUUUUACUAAAGUUGAUAAAUUUUGGGAGUCUAAAUCCAUUAGCUUGCUUGAUUUUGCAUGCGGAACUGGUUUGAUUAGCGAAAAUUUGGCGCCCUACUGUGAAAGUAUCCUUGGACUCGAUAUCUCACAAGCAAUGGUUGAUAAAUUCAAUCACAAGUUUCAGACCCUAAACGUUCCGAUAGAAAAGGCACAUGCUGAACAUGUGGAUUUGAGAUCAGAAACAGAACCUAGCGAUCGAGUUGUUGGAAAGUAUGAUGUUGCUGUCUGUUCAAUGGCUUAUCACCACAUGACAGAUGUGGAUUUUAUCACUAAGAAAUUGAAAGACUGUUUAAAAUCCUCAGGUCGUCUAUAUGUAGUGGACUUUUUGAAAGGCGCUGGAAGUUUUCACGAGAACAUGCCAGCGGAAUUCUGUACAGAACAUGGUAUUGGUCAUCCGAAUGGGUUUACACAGCAAGAACUUAUCCAGUGUUUUGAAAUAGCAGGUUUUGAAGACGUUGUUGUCUCUGAUGGGUUUCAAAUCAAGGUAUGGGUUGAUGAAGAAAAAUACCAUAAGUCUACCUCAAACCCAAAUCCAGAAGUGAAGCAAUUAACUAAAGAUAAAGUUGUGUACGCUGUCAAAAUUGGCCUAAUCAUUGCUUCAGGCAGAAAGCCUCAGUAGCGAUUAAUAAAUAACCAUAAAUUGUUUGCUAGACUGCUGUUACUACGUGUCUAAUCCAUUAAUGUUUUUUUACUCAACACAUUCAAAAACCAAAUAUAUGUGUAUCCGUAUGAGAUCAUUUUUACCCUAUAUAUAAGCUUUUUUUUUUAGCAAAGUAAUUA